AUGCGAGUGAUCAUCGAGACUUCGUGGGAUGUGGUGUACAUAAGCGGUUUCUUUUCUUUCGCCAUCUACUUUCAGUACGCGAUUUUCACGACAAUUAUGUACAUGUACAUGACAAAAGUAACGUCAGCGUUUGUUCGUAACAGUUGUACAACACUCGUUAUAUGUCAGCUCGACCCAUCCGUUGGACCGACAACGUUUGGCGUAGCUGUCACUCUUCACGGCAUCGGGCAUUGUAUCGGAGCACUCGCGUCCGCUUGGUGGACAAACAAACGGUAUAAGGUGAAAGUUAGAAGAUUCAGAGAAAAGGAAUACAUGGAUGUAAAGUUUGUAGACUAAAAAACCACUUUUAAUGGGCUGUGUGUUCAUGCUAUGCUCGAAUGGACUGUUCCUUCUAGCCGAUCAUGUUCCCGCCGCCAUGAGCGCCCCGUUUCUCAUGCUGUGUCGCUUUGUUGGAGGCAUCGGUAUGGGUAAGUAAAUUUUCUCAAUUGAUACAAAAAAGCAUACAAAUAGAAGGUCCCAAACAAGAGUUUCAGGCAACGCAUCCACCCUGCGCACAUCUGUCACCGCACACUCAAUGGCGGUUGAUCGCGCGAAAGCAAUGUCGGUGUUCAUCGGCGGCAGAGCCAUCGGAUUGGUCAUUGGCCCCGGGCUUCAACUCAUAUUUAUUCUUUUCGGAGACGUCGGACUUCAACUCAUCGGUCCCCUUCACAUUCACUCUCAUAAUGCUGCGGCAUUCGUUUCAAUCGUACUCAAUUUGGCGUCUCUGCUCGCAUUGGUUUUGCUCUAUCACGAGAUUGUUCAGAACGGCAGUAGUUGCAGUCAGAGAAGUAUUGUAAGAGCUCAAGUCUGGUGUCCGGCUCGCAAUAGUAUAGAAUUCACCAUACUUAUAAAGCCUGGAGACCCAAUAAAUAGCGAGCCGGAAACCAAAUUUGACCAAAAUAUACAAUACUUCUGAUGAGAGUUAUUGACUACCAGGAAGACGGUGAGAACUAUCCGCGUCCUGAUAAGCUGGCAAUGUUCGUGUGCAUGCUCACGAGAUACACCCAAAACUUUACCUACUACGCGCUCGAAACGCUCUCCCCCGCAUUCAUAAUGAUGAUGUUCAACAUGGAGAGGGCGGAGGCAGUCGGCUCAAUGUCAAUUCUUUUCUUCACAUCGAGCAUUGUCUCCAUCUUUUUCUACGUCGUCUUCGUGUUCACAAAUGUAGCACGGAGGCUGAACAUUGGCAAAGUGAAUACCGUUUGUUUGAUGGUAUUCAUGAUCUAUUUGCUGUCGACGUAUCAGUGGAGAUUCGUCGAUGAGAAUGUGGUGGUGAACACGAAUGGUACACGUGGCGGAUGUGAUUACAUCACUUACUCGUGGUGCAUCGGCCUGCCCAAGACUUCACAAGAGGUACGGUUUUUGAGUGUACCCCCGCGAAAUACUGUAAAUUUGUACGUCUUUUGCAGCUCUUCUAUCUCGGCUACAUAAUCGCAUUCGGCGCGUGUACUCCGUUUAUAAACGUCGGCGACGCCACACUCUAUUCGAAACUGUUCAAUCCAGUGGGACAGGCUUUGGAGCAGAGUUUGUACGACGUGUCUCAGAUUUUCGCGAGAGUCGUGGCCCCGGUUUUGUGCACGUGAGAACUUCUAAAAAAAACCGGCUGAAGCCAUUAAAAAAAAAUUUCAGCGGAAUAUACUCGUGGUUUGGUCCCCGUCGACUCUGGGAGCUUCUCUUUGUCCAGUUAGUCGUCGUGACGACGUUUUGGAUCGGAUUCGCUCAUCGAAUGAUUCCACUUCGUCCGAAGCCCCGCCCCGUAUUUUAUCUGGAAUGA